GUGUAUUCUUGUCUUGUAUUUCUUUUUGUCCUAGGUUUUCUCUUAUACAAGCUUCUUCUUCCUCUGCCUCCCUCUAAUGGCCUCCUCUUGAACUGUCUUCCAUGACCGUCUAAGAGAAAGGCUUUAGAGAAAGGAGAGAAGGAAGAACUUGAUUCUUCCAACGGAUAUAUAUCUUUUUAUAUCUUUCUUUCAUCAUUAUUUACUUUUGUUAGAUCAUCUCUUUUAAGGAGCAAAAAUGGCAUCUGAAAUCUCUUGGGACGAAAUCAAGAAUGAGAACGUGGAUCUUGAGCGGAUCCCUGUGGAAGAAGUGUUUAAGCAACUAAAAUGCACAAAGGAAGGUUUGUCAAGUGAUGAAGGUAAGAAGAGGCUUGAGAUAUUUGGGGCAAACAAGCUUGAGGAGAAAUCAGAAAACAAGUUUUUAAAAUUCUUGGGGUUUAUGUGGAAUCCUCUCUCAUGGGUUAUGGAGUCUGCUGCAAUUAUGGCCAUUGUUUUAGCCAAUGGUGGAGGAAAGCCGCCGGACUGGCAAGAUUUCAUCGGUAUUAUGGUGUUACUUGUUAUCAAUUCCACCAUUAGUUUCAUUGAAGAGAAUAAUGCCGGCAAUGCUGCUGCAGCUCUCAUGGCUAAUCUUGCACCCAAAACUAAGGUGUUGAGAGAUGGAAAAUGGGGAGAGCAAGACGCUUCAAUCCUAGUUCCAGGUGAUUUAAUAAGCGUCAAACUGGGUGACAUUGUCCCUGCUGAUGCUCGUCUCCUCGAAGGAGAUCCUCUGAAAAUUGACCAAUCUGCUCUCACCGGUGAAUCUCUUCCAGUCACCAAACACCCUGGAGAUGAAGUAUUCUCGGGUUCAACUUGCAAACAAGGUGAGAUUGAGGCCGUUGUGAUAGCCACUGGUGUCCACACUUUUUUUGGUAAGGCUGCCCAUCUUGUCGACAGUACCAACAACGUUGGCCACUUCCAAAAGGUUUUGACAGCUAUUGGUAACUUCUGUAUUUGCUCAAUUGGAAUUGGGAUGUUGAUUGAGAUCGUAGUAAUGUACCCUAUUCAACACCGCACAUAUAGAGACGGUAUUGAUAAUCUUUUGGUGCUUUUGAUUGGAGGAAUCCCAAUCGCCAUGCCAACAGUUUUGUCGGUAACAAUGGCUAUUGGAUCACAUAGACUCUCUCAACAAGGUGCCAUUACCAAGAGGAUGACUGCGAUUGAAGAAAUGGCUGGAAUGGAUGUUCUCUGCAGUGAUAAGACAGGGACUCUCACUCUUAACAAGCUCUCCGUAGACAAGUCAUUGAUUGAAGUAUUUCCAAGUAACUUGGAUACCGAUGCAGUUGUAUUGAUGGCUGCAAGAGCGUCUAGAAUCGAAAACCAAGAUGCCAUUGAUGCAUCCAUUGUCGGCAUGUUGGGUGAUCCAAAAGAGGCAAGAGAAGGAAUCAAAGAGGUACAUUUCUUGCCUUUUAACCCUGUCGAUAAACGUACAGCCAUUACAUACAUUGAUGAAAAUGGAGAAUGGCAUCGGAGCAGCAAAGGAGCUCCUGAGCAAAUCAUUGAACUCUGCAAUCUCCAAGGAGAGGCUAGAAGAAAAGCUCAUGAAGUGAUUGAUGGUUUUGCUGAACGUGGGCUUCGUUCUCUUGGAGUUGCUCAACAAACUGUACCUGAAAAGAGCAAGGAAAGCGAUGGUAGUCCAUGGGAGUUUGUUGGUCUAUUGCCACUGUUUGAUCCCCCAAGACAUGAUAGUGCAGAAACGAUCAGACGAGCCCUUGAGCUUGGUGUCAACGUUAAAAUGAUUACUGGUGACCAACUUGCCAUUGGAAUAGAGACUGGGCGUAGGCUUGGUAUGGGAACAAAUAUGUACCCAUCCACUUCACUCCUUGGAAAUUCAAAGGAUGAAUCAUUAGUUGGGAUCCCUGUUGAUGAGCUCAUUGAGAAAGCUGAUGGAUUUGCUGGAGUUUUCCCUGAGCACAAGUAUGAGAUUGUAAAGAAGCUUCAAGAGAGGAAGCACAUUUGUGGGAUGACUGGAGAUGGCGUAAACGACGCUCCAGCUUUGAAGAAAGCAGAUAUUGGAAUCGCUGUGGCUGAUGCAACUGAUGCGGCAAGAAGCGCCUCUGACAUUGUGCUAACGGAACCUGGACUAAGCGUGAUAGUGAGUGCCGUUCUUACAAGUCGUGCAAUCUUCCAGAGGAUGAAGAACUACACGAUUUAUGCUGUCUCCAUCACCAUUCGUAUUGUUUUGGGAUUCAUGCUUGUGGCUUUGAUAUGGCGAUUUGAUUUUGCACCUUUCAUGGUUUUGAUUAUCGCAAUCCUUAAUGAUGGAACUAUCAUGACUAUCUCGAAGGACAGAGUUAAACCUUCUCCUGUCCCUGAUUCAUGGAAGCUCAAUGAGAUUUUUGCUACGGGUGUUGUGCUAGGAACCUACAUGGCUCUUACCACAGUUCUCUUUUUCUGGCUAGCUCAUGAUACUAAUUUCUUCAGCAAAACAUUUGGUGUGAGGUCCAUUCAAGAGAAUGAGGAAGAGCUUAUGGCAGCUCUGUACCUUCAAGUGAGCAUCAUAAGCCAAGCACUUAUCUUUGUCACCAGAUCAAGGAGUUGGUCAUUUGUCGAACGUCCUGGGUUUUUGCUCCUUAUAGCCUUUGUUAUAGCACAGCUGGUUGCUACAUUGAUCGCUGUGUAUGCAAACUGGGGAUUUGCAAGGAUCCUAGGCUGUGGAUGGGGAUGGGCUGGAGUCAUAUGGUUAUACAGUAUCAUAACCUACAUUCCUCUUGACAUUCUCAAGUUCACCAUCCGUUACUCUCUCACCGGCAAGGCUUGGGAUAAUAUGAUCCAACAAAAAACCGCCUUUACAACAAAGAAAGAUUACGGCAAAGGAGAGAGGGAGGCUCAAUGGGCAUUAGCUCAGCGCACACUCCAUGGCCUACCACCACCUGAAGCAAUGUUCCAUGACAAGAACCAUGAGCUCUCUGAAAUAGCAGAGCAGGCGAAGAGGCGUGCCGAAGUGGCUAGGCUGAGAGAGCUUCACACUCUAAAGGGCCACGUUGAAUCUGUAGUGAAGCUGAAGGGGCUUGACAUUGAUACCAUUCAACAACACUACACUGUCUAGCCAUUUCUUGCAUUCUACUUUCCAUGAGUUCAAAUCAACAAAGUGAGCUAUGUACUCCACUUGUAUUGUUUUUAAACUAUAUGUAACAAAAAGAGAGAAAAAAGAGAGAUAAAAUAUGUUCUUCCGUUUGUUGAAAUAUAAUAAAACCUAGUUACUUGAAAAAAAAAAA